UUAGCAAGGUUCGGGUCACCAUGUUGGAUCAAAUGCUUAUCUUAACGUUGCUCCGUGUUUUUAAUAGUUUAUCAUGCCGGUUGACGCCGAGUCGCCGUGAGCCCAAAGUGUAAAGUGUUAUCGGAGUGGCUUCCCGGUUCUUUAAGACAGGAGCUCUUCACGACACGUUCUCGACGGAGAGGAAGGAUUAACUGUUUUGAUUUGGAGCCACGGAUACCCACUAGCUAGCACGGCUUGACUAGCACGGUGUUUUUCUGCAGCCAGCGAGCAUUAAGACGCUUUCAUCUUUUUGUCGGCUUCAUCGAGCGCUUUGCUUCAACUUUGGCGAGCGGCUGUGUUGUUUUGCCAAGACUGUCGAUGGCGGGGAAGUAAGUUGCGAAAGCAGCCUUUCUGCGAUGUUUUGUCUUCUGCUAUUUUGAGUCAUGAUCGAUUCUUAUCCAGGAGGAGGCGGAUUGAUGCGCCCAUCUCAGGUAGAUCUCCGUAAUAUGUGAGGUAGAGGGGUCACCAAGACCUGGGCCUGCCUGCCUGUCUGCCCGCCUGCCUGCUGGGAGUCGGGCCUGGAGGACGCAGCACCUCUGUACCGGACCAGAAGCGUUAAUUACCACGUUGGCCUACUCUUACAGUAUACAUGUACAUACGCAAACAUUUGCUAUAAUUGAUGCAUCUUCCAAGCAGACUGGAGCCCAGGCGGCGGGAACAGAGUGUGGCGAACUUGGACGCUUUUACAAUAUGAUGGCUCUUCUUCUCCAUGUGACAAGUGUCUGAUCCCACUAUACAGUCAGACUUCAUCAGGGUGGGGGGGACGCCAUCGCUACCAUGAGGGACAUUUAGGGCCACCGUUUUUUUUUAUUUAUUGAGGGGUGGGAGGGUUGUUUUUUUUUUUUUUUUUUUAAACUUUCUUUUGUCAGGUCUGGAUAGAACUAAGACUCGGUUUGCCGCAUUUGACUAAUUUCAGAUUUAAGCAUAAUUUGGACCCUCAAUGUUUUUAUUUCCUUUUCUGUGAGUUGACUUGAUUGCGCUCCGGGAGCCUGGUAGCUACUGCCAUCGCUUCAGUCGGGCAGUGAAUGGCUCUUUGCGGCACAACAGCUUCAAAUGUUCCAAAAAUGAUGGCUGCUUAUAACGGUGGCUCCUCGGUGGCCGCCCAUCACCCUCAUCACCACCACCAGCUGCAGCAUCUCCCGCCUCCGCACGUGCACUGUCACCACCACACGGACCAGCAUCACCUGCAGCACCCGGGCCCCGCCGCUGCCGUUCACACCAUUCAGCAGCACGCCGCCACAGCCGCCGCUGCCGCCGCCGUGAUGCUCAACCCCGGUCAGCAGCAACCUUACUUUCCCUCCCCGGCCCCCGGACAGGCACCUGGCCCCGCGGCAGCCGUGGCCCCUGCCCAAGUUCAAGCUGCCGCUGUCAAAGCGCACCAUCAUCAUCAUCAUCACCAUCAACAUCAUCAGCAGCACACACACCACCUGCAGCCGCAGCUAGAUAUAGAGCCUGACAGGCCUAUUGGCUAUGGUGCGUUUGGGGUGGUCUGGUCGGUCACAGAUCCCCGAGAUGGAAAGCGUGUUGCCCUCAAAAAGAUGCCCAAUGUCUUCCAAAACCUCGUUUCUUGCAAGAGGGUAUUUCGAGAACUGAAGAUGUUAUGUUUCUUUAAGCAUGAAAAUGUGCUCUCCGCUCUUGACAUCCUUCAGCCUCCACACAUUGACUACUUUGAGGAAAUCUAUGUAGUGACUGAACUGAUGCAAAGUGACCUCCAUAAGAUCAUCGUCUCGCCACAGCCUCUGAGCUCAGACCACGCCAAAGUCUUUCUCUAUCAGAUUCUGCGAGGACUUAAAUACCUUCACUCUGCUGGCAUCCUUCAUCGAGACAUUAAACCAGGCAACCUCUUGGUCAACAGCAACUGUGUACUAAAGAUCUGUGAUUUUGGCCUGGCGAGGGUCGAGGAAACGGACGAGUCGCGGCACAUGACUCAGGAAGUGGUGACGCAAUACUACAGAGCCCCGGAGAUCCUGAUGGGGAGCCGCCACUACGCCAACUCCAUCGAUAUCUGGUCUGUGGGCUGCAUCUUUGCCGAGCUGCUGGGACGACGGAUUCUCUUCCAAGCCCAAAGUCCUAUCCAGCAGCUGGAUUUGAUCACCGACCUGCUGGGAACUCCCUCAAUGGAGGCAAUGAGGACAGCAUGUGAAGGUGCUCGUGCACACAUUCUCAGAGGACCUAACAAACAGCCAUCCCUUCCUGUCCUUUACACACUGUCCAGCCAAGCGACCCACGAAGCUGUCCAUCUCCUCUGCAGAAUGCUCGUCUUUGAUCCGUCGAAGCGGAUUUCGGCAAAGGAUGCCCUGGCUCACCCCUACCUGGAUGAGGGUCGACUGCGCUACCAUACGUGCAUGUGCAAAUGCUGCUACACGACAUCUUCUGGACGGGUUUACACAAGUGACUUUGAGCCCGUCACCAACCCCAAGUUUGAUGAUGGCUUUGAGAAGAAUCUAAGCUCUGUCAGACAAGUCAAAGAGAUCAUUCAUCAGUUCAUUUUGGAACAGCAAAAGGGGAGUCGAGUUCCACUCUGCAUCAACCCUCAGUCAGCGGCAUUCAAAAGCUUUAUCAGUUCCACAGUGGCGCAGCCCUCCGAAAUGCCUCCGUCUCCGCUGGUGUGGGAAUAGCUGCUGUAGUGGGUGUGGUCAUCUUGUUCCCUUUUUGAAGCUGUUUCAAAAUGGAAUCACGAAAGCGUCUCAAUAUCAUCCGUCAUCUGGGUAGCAUUUCACUGGAGAAGCAUGACUUGUAGUCCACAUCUGCUGGUUGUAUGCUAAAAUAUGAAAAAAAUAAUAAUAAUAAUAAUAAUCCACUAACUGACUUAUGUCGGCGGGCGUACUACAAGGCUGGAAAUGUACGUGAUAAAUACUCAGCAGGAUAACAUUAUCGUCAUCGCACCGCACACUUGCUUUUAUGUAUAUAUUUCAAAUUUGUAUUUUAAAUACGGGCUUUUAUAUGAGCCUGGAUGAUGACUUUUUCCUGUAAUCGGCUAGUAUGACAGCUGUCUUCCCUUCUGAACUCUUAAAUCACCAAAUCAGCAUGACACCCAAUUCAACCUAACCUCCAGACAAUCGAUUGUAGUUGCAUCAUCGGGUGUUAGGAACCUUAGGCUCCCCAUUUUUGACAACAGUGUUCUUGGGUAAGACAUACAGUAAAGUCUCGUUAUAUCGAUAUAUCCGAUCCUGCGCCGAACUGCAUUAAAAGUGGGCAAUAAUGCACUCGACAUUGUUCUAUAGUAUAGAACAAUACUCGAGCAGCUUAAAUCAAUCUUUGCUUAAGGAUUUCAAUACCAAAAAAAAAGAACACGGCGAACGGCUGCUUCCAGUCAACUUUAUUUUUCACACUUCCACCACCGGAGCGCAGCACACACACCGAUUCCCGCACUUCCUGGUUCACAGGUCAUGCUCAACCCGCCCCACAUAGCUGGCCAAACACAUGCCUGCAACAGAAGAACCAACUGCGUUCGUGGUUUCUCUCGUGUGUAUAGAAUAAAAAGAUAUCUGAAUACAACACAAUUAAAUACAUGUAUUUGUACGCUUGUGUGUUGUGUGUUCGUUGGAAUAGGUGUGAAUGCUAUGUCAGUUGGUUCUUCUAUUGCAGGCAUGUGUUUGGCCAGCUAUGUUGGGGGCGGC